AUGACGUCAGAUUUUCAAGGGCCACCACGAACACUUGCCCCAUUGCCCGUUUCGCAGUAUCUUGGCCAGCCUCGCCCUGUUCCCCGGAUCUCGAAACGGUCAAACGCAUGCACGGCAUGCAAAACGCGAAGAAUCAAAUGUCGCGGGUCCAAGCCAUGUGACAACUGCGCUGCAACCAAUCGCACCUGCGUAUUCUUGGUUGAGAAUGACCGACGCAGAAAAAAUGCACUCAGACGUGCAGAGCAAGAGCUCAAUACGGUCCAGCAGCAUCUAGACAGGAUCCUUGAGGUGUUCAAGGCAGGCGACAAGACGCAGCUCGACUAUCUCCUUGCCACUGCCGCGGAAUUUCGCACCGCCUCAACCUUAGGCCCUGCUUUGCAGGAUGGUAUGUUUGCAGGCAUCGAUCAGUCUGCUCCCGGACUGCCCGAGUCCAGUUGGAGCACGCCUCCUUCCUUUCCAACGCCCUUUUUCAUCCCCGUGGGGAUCCCAGGUCAAGGCGAGUUCCUGACCAAGGAUCCCAACCGCGACGAAGCCAGUAGAGCUACAGGCUACAUUGGCAGCUCCUCGGAGAUUGAUUGGCUGCAAGAGCUAGGUAAUAAGGUCAACAACUCGACCAAGCAUACAGGGCAACAAUGCUGGCCCAAUAUUGAUGAUUCCGCCGCGGCGAUGAACUACCAUUUGGACUAUACUCCGCUACCCGAAACUAUUCCCACCGACCAAAGGUCGUUGCCGCCGAAGCCAUGGGCGAAAACCCUGGUCGGCCUUUUUUUCGAAACAGUCUAUCCUUCGUUUCCAGUUGUCAGUAAAUCGUUAUUUAUUAUCCAAUUUGAACAGGCUUAUACCUUCUCUGCGGUUCAGCCAUCGCGAAAAUGGCUUGCUGUCCUCAACCUGAUACUGGCGCUGGGCUCCAGGUACUACCAAGAAACAGAGCCGGUCUCUGGACGGGACGUCGAUGAUCGCGUCUACAUAUCGCGGGCACUUGCUCUAGCCAGUACUCCUGCUACGCGUACCAGCUAUGCAGGCUUACAGCAGGUCCAGGUUGAAGUCCUGCUAGCGAUCUACUAUCUAGCCUCGGGCCAUGUCAACCAAUCAUGGCAGACUAAUGGCCGUGCUGCCCGCUUGGCUAUCUCUAUGGGCCUGAAUCUCUGGGCGGACGGGGACCAGAUAGACCCCGUAUCGAAGGAGACGCGAACGCGGAUCCGGUGGUCUAUCUUCACCCUGGAGCAUGCCCUUUCAGGCAUGACUGGUCGGCCGUCGUGCAUCGACAGUCAAUUCAUGUCUGUGCGUUUACCGCUGCCGUUCGACGAGGCCCAAUUCCAAACCCCAGGAGUGGAAGAAUUGCUGAAAGCAUCCGCUGCGCGUGAACGCAAGCUCCAGUGGACUGUGCAUGCGACCGACGCCGAACUGGACGCGAGGGACCAGUGGUUCGUGACUAUUCGCCCGCGCCAGUCUCUCUACUUCUUCCAUCUGGUCGACCUUUCUGUCAUCAUGCAAGCAGCCUCAAGAGCCAUUUACUGUUUAACCACCGCCAAUGACGGUGCCGAGGGCAAUAUUACUUUUUAUAGGGGAAAGCUCAAGUCGUGGCUGUCUAGCCUGCAGCCAGCAUUCGCUUUCACUACCGACAGUGCCAACGCUCGCCGCCGGAGCUCUGGUGAGAUGCCGGUCUUGGCGAGCCACUGUCGCGAAAGAACCGGUCUCGCCUUAGCCUACUAUAGUUCCCAGGUCGUAUUGACUCGUUCAUGUCUUACCUAUCCGGAGGUGCAGUUUGGGACGAGUGCCCAAACUUCUCGGUCUCGGUUCGGAGACGAUACGGCCAAAUCUUGUGUCCAUUUCGCUCUUGCUCUUGUCUCUGUUCUUCCCGACCAGCCAGACAUGAAAUGGAUCUCGAAACUGACUUCGUGGUGGUUUUUAUUGCACUCUAUCAUGCGCGCAUUGACGGUCUUGCUUAUCCAACUUUCAAUCGGCCAGGUGCCGGUGCGGAGCAUAUCAGGCGAGCGGGAGGGCAUAGCAAGGGAAGGAGAGGGUAGCGAUGCAGUUCGCGACGCAAUAAAAAAGAUCCUUCUCUGGCUACACAGUAUGGCCAAGCAAGACCCUAGCUCGAAGCGCGCGUUUCAUAUCGGCCAGAGAAUUUUCGCCGCCAUCGCGCGCACGAACGGGCUUGAUCUGCAAGGCGUGGCGUCCGUCUUAAUGGCGAAAGAAGAGGCUUCAAACCUUGAAGAUUUGGACCGGGGCAGUUUCUAUCCCGAGUCCUCGAAGAUGCAGGUGGAUUUUGCGGACUGGGGCCCCGACGUUACGGGGUCCGAGAGCGGCUAUGAGCAGGAUCAGGUUCCUUUCGUUGACCCAGCCUUGUUGUCAUUUGAAGAGUACAGGUUCUAA